AUGAAAUUCCUCAUCAUCUGUGCUCCCGUCGCCGUUGCCUCGGCAUCCUUCUACCCCGAUCAUCAUUACGAUCACUACCAUGGCCAUGGCUACGGUCACGACCAGGGUCACUUCUCCGGCAAGGCCUACAUCAAGGGUGACAUCUACUUCGAUGGCUGC